AAAAUGUGCACCAAUUAAUAUAAAUAUAUUGAUAAAUUAUGCAUUUCAUUUAUUAUUGGAGUGAAAAAAACACAACAAAAGAAAAAAAUAUCUGUUUGCCAGUUUCUCUUCCUAGAUCGUAACCGAUUCAAAGAUGAGUCACAAAUCUGACUCAAAAAAUGGCGGUAGGAAGGAUUUUUCAACGGCGAUUUUGGAACGGAAAAAAGCAGCGAAUAGGUUAAUUGUAGAUGAGGCAGUUAAUGAUGAUAAUUCUGUUGUUGCUUUACAUCCUUCUACUAUGGAGAAACUUCAGCUUUUUCGUGGAGAUACAAUUCUCAUUAAGGGAAAGAAGAGAAAGGACACUGUUGUCAUUGCCCUUGCUGAUGAAACAUGUGAUGAGCCAAAGAUUAGGAUGAACAAGGUGGUCCGUUCGAAUUUGAGGGUUCGACUUGGAGAUGUUGUAUCUAUCCACCAGUGUCCAGAUGUCAAGUAUGGGAAGCGUGUCCACAUACUGCCUAUAGAUGAUACAAUAGAAGGUCUCACAGGGGAUCUGUUUGAUGCAUUCCUAAAACCUUACUUUUUGGAGGCAUAUCGACCUUUGAGGAAAGGGGACAAUUUCCUUGUUAGAGGAGGGAUGAGAAGUGUGGAAUUCAAGGUCAUAGAAACUGACCCUGGGGAGUAUUGUGUAGUUGCUCCAGACACUGAAAUCUUUUGUGAGGGUGAGCCUGUGAAAAGGGAGGAUGAGGAGAGACUUGAUGAAGUUGGCUAUGAUGAUGUGGGUGGUGUGAGAAAACAGAUGGCUCAGAUUCGUGAACUGGUGGAAUUACCGUUGAGGCAUCCUCAACUUUUCAAAUCUAUUGGUGUGAAACCACCUAAGGGGAUUUUACUUUAUGGACCCCCUGGUUCUGGAAAGACUCUGAUAGCCAGAGCUGUUGCUAAUGAAACAGGUGCAUUUUUCUUUUGCAUUAAUGGACCUGAAAUCAUGUCCAAAUUGGCUGGAGAGAGUGAAAGUAAUCUCAGGAAGGCAUUUGAAGAGGCUGAAAAGAAUGCUCCUUCCAUCAUAUUUAUUGAUGAAAUUGAUUCAAUUGCUCCCAAGCGAGAGAAGACACAUGGUGAAGUUGAAAGGAGGAUUGUCUCACAACUCUUGACUCUGAUGGAUGGACUGAAAUCUCGCGCUCAUGUAAUAGUGAUGGGAGCUACCAACCGUCCAAACAGCAUUGAUCCUGCUCUGAGAAGGUUUGGUAGGUUCGAUAGAGAAAUAGACAUUGGUGUCCCCGAUGAAGUUGGACGUCUUGAAGUUCUUCGCAUUCAUACCAAGAAUAUGAAGCUUGCGGAAGAAGUUGAUUUGGAAAGAAUUUCGAAAGAUACACAUGGUUAUGUUGGUGCAGAUCUUGCUGCUCUUUGUACUGAAGCUGCACUUCAGUGCAUUAGGGAGAAAAUGGAUGUCAUUGAUCUGGAAGAUGACACUAUUGAUGCUGAGAUUUUGAACUCAAUGGCUGUAACAAAUGAGCACUUCCAAACUGCUCUCGGUACAAGCAAUCCGUCUGCAUUACGUGAAACGGUGGUUGAAGUGCCUAAUGUGUCAUGGCAAGACAUUGGAGGCCUUGAAAAUGUCAAACGAGAGCUUCAAGAGACUGUUCAAUAUCCAGUGGAACACCCAGAGAAGUUUGAGAAGUUUGGUAUGUCACCUUCAAAAGGUGUACUUUUCUAUGGUCCCCCAGGAUGUGGUAAAACUCUACUUGCCAAGGCAAUUGCAAAUGAAUGUCAAGCCAAUUUCAUCAGUGUCAAAGGACCUGAACUGCUCACCAUGUGGUUUGGAGAGAGUGAGGCGAAUGUUCGGGAAAUUUUCGAUAAAGCGAGACAAUCUGCACCCUGCGUCCUCUUCUUUGAUGAGCUUGACUCUAUUGCUACUCAGAGGGGAAGCAGUGGUGGAGAUUCUGGAGGAGCUGAUCGGGUUCUGAACCAACUUCUGACUGAAAUGGAUGGUAUGAAUGCAAAGAAGACUGUUUUUAUAAUUGGAGCCACAAACAGGCCUGAUAUAAUUGACCCUGCACUUCUGCGACCUGGCCGUCUUGACCAGUUAAUCUAUAUUCCUCUGCCGGAUGAAGAUUCACGCCAUCAGAUUUUCAAGGCAUGUCUCAGAAAAUCUCCCUUAUCAAAGGAUAGUGAUUUGAGAGCUCUCGCCAAAUAUACCCAGGGAUUUAGUGGGGCUGAUAUCACUGAGAUCUGUCAACGAGCCUGCAAAUAUGCCAUAAGGGAGAACAUAGAGAAAGAUAUAGAAAGGGAGAGGAGAAGAAGGGACAAUCCGGAUUCUAUGGAUGAGGAUGUUGAUGACGAAGUACCAGAGAUCAAGCCCGCGCAUUUUGAGGAGUCUAUGAAGUAUGCACGACGAAGUGUCAGUGAUGCUGAUAUACGUAAAUACCAGGCAUUUGCUCAGACGUUACAGCAGUCCAGAGGUUUUGGAACAGAAUUUCGGUUUCCUGAGGCUAGUGGCGGGACUGCUGCAGCUGACCCGUUUGCAACUUCUAAUGCUGCAGCUGAUGAUGACGACCUGUAUAGCUGACGUUCUAGAUUCUCCUUGUUAAUUUGCUGCAAGUCUCCUGCUUUUCGGGUUAACCUUGCUUAAACAUUUUACCCCUACGCAAUUAACUGGAACUGCUACUGGAAUUCUGGAUCUUGGAGUUUGUAUUGGUUUAACUUUUGUUUUCUUCUGUUAACUUAAACAAUUUACCCCUCAAAUGUCUGUAGGACUGGUUUGACACUUUUUAGAACCUUGAGAUAGAUUUAAUGUAAGUCUACACUUAUAUCCCGGUGAAUAUUUUGUGGAAUUCGAUGAGCAGGUUUAAAUACCCUAUUUGGAUGGA